GGAAGGAGUCUCUAGUGCAAGCACUCUAUAAGUGUGUUCUGCCACAGGAAGUUUCCAUGGUGGGGGAUAUUGCACUUUCCAGUCAAGCAGUAACAUUACAAACUGAUUAUGUAUUUUAAUUAGUUUAUUUAAAAGCUUAUUAACUGCAAAAUAGGCUGUUGAGGGGACAAUAAGCUUCUGUAACGUACAAUAAUAGGAACAUGUUUUAUGAAUGUUCCAUGAUAUUAACACUUGCACAACAAGAACAAUAUUGUCUAGGUAACAGGAGUGUUCUAUUUGUCCUCAUCCUUUACCUUUCUGUGGUGAUAUUUUAAUGACCGUGGCCCAUUCAGCAUGGACACAGUAUGGUAUGUAUAGGAUACAUGUGUUAUUGUCGUAGAUCCGUGUGCCCCCUUGUUGAAUGUGGCCAGCCUGACAUACCUCAUUUAUCAGUUACUAUUUGAAACUCCCCUCCAAUCGUGUUCCCUGCUUGUUCUGGCUAUUUCUGGUGUGGUGGUGGCCACUGAGCUCAGAUAAAGGAAGAAUCUGAAAGGUUGUUGCAUUGGCAGCUUCAGGGGGAACCAGUCAUAACCAUUUUCUCUGUUCAUGCUCUCUUCUUUAAGACUUGAUAUUAGACUGCCAUCUCUGUAGCUUGUUGCCUGCUUCUGCUGCCGGCUUGGUUGAUGUUUAGUGAACGUGCGGUCUGUGAAGUGGCCCGCUUCUCCUGCCUGUGACCCAGCCACUGUGGAGGUCAAGAUGGAUGACCUGCACCCUAAACUAGAUCAGCUUUUAGCACGUGGCUCUGGGGGAAGCUGCCCAAUGUGUGGGCUCUGCUCCCAACACAGCAGGCAGCAAGAGGCUACAGCCAGCCAGCUCUCAGCUCAGGCCAAGCUCCUUGAGAACCUCGAGAAGAAAGUCAUGGACCUGAGGAAUGCACUGGAGGAACUGACACAUGGUCUAGAAGAGAGGUCUUGUGAGAAAGUGUCUGUACCUUUAGCAGCUCUGCAAAGAAGGAAAUCUUUGCCUGUACGGACAUCGGUGGAUGAAGUCUAUGUGCAGUUGGAUAAACUCAGAGAUCAAAAAAUAAUCCAGCAUACUUUUAAUGCACCCUGUGGGAAAGGUCACAAAGACAUUCUGAUUGAAGACACAGAAGGUGAGGGGCUAAGAGGCAAUGCAUCACCACUCAGAAAUGAUUUUUCAGACAACAAAGUUCAGUACGAUCCUCAAUCACACAAAGAAGUUAACAAAGAUUUAUCAAAAGUGACCACACGCUGGUCAACAUCACAGCCUGGGAAUAAAACACCUAAUACAGCCAAGAUCGGCGAAGCAAAAUCACCAUUGAUCCAAAAUAAUCCCAAAACAACAGGAGUGGCUGCUUAUACAGCUGCAGCGACCUCAAAGAUGGAUACACCUUCACGAAAAAUACUUACACUCCCAUCAACGAUGCAUAUUCCAGCACCAGAGAUGAUUACUACACCACCAAGGAUAAGUCCACCACCACUGGAGAUGACUAUGCCAAAACCGAAGAUGAGCACACCUCCGCCAAAAUUGGAGACGAUUACACCUUCGCAGAAGAUUGUACCACCGAUUCCAGUUACAAAAAGCACAACAAAAACAACACCAAAGAUCACACAAGCUCCUGUUCCCUUUAAAGCAACUGUGUCUUCAUCUAACACAACAACUAUACAAACUUCAGUAUCUACUGGAUCUACAACACUAGUAACAAAUCAGAAGAUCCAAGGUUUAUGGACUGCUCCAGUCACAACAACAUCACCAACUCUGGUUACGUCCAUGUCCAAUAAUCUACCAAGGUUUAAUGUAACAGAUAAUACUGCACCACCAUCAUCAGUCCAUAGUCUUCAAAAGGCAAGUUUGGGAGUUCCUAUUAAAUCCCCUCAAUCACCUGUGUCGGAAACAGUAGACUCCCAGCCAGACAGCCCUAUCACAAAACCAAUGCCAAGAAGAGAUGAAUUGCUAUCGCCAAAAACAAUUAGACCUCCUGUCACAAGUUUGGUCACCUCCAUGCCCAAUUCUCCACCAGAAUCCACAGCUACAGAGGAUGUUGCACCAAGCCAUAAACUUCGAAAGGUGAUGAACGCCGGUGCUCCAGUAGCAACAGCACAAAACAUAGACAAGCCUUCAACAAAUGCAGCAACAACAACACUAGCAACUAAAUUGUCUACAUUAUCACCUCCGACACUUUCAGCAGCAACCUCCUUUCUUAAACAUGUCUACAGCUGUCCUGACUCCUUGCAAAGUCUUCAGGCCACUGGAGGAAAGGCUGAGUCAGGUACCACAACACCACUGUUCGGGAAGCCUGGCAAUGCAUCAGCAGGCAUCACCUGCACUGGACCGCUCAAAACUGGAGGAAUACAGAUCAAAAUAAGCUCAGCGCCCGAGAGAACCACAACUCGGACCAAAAGGGCACCCAAAACCUGCUUCAAAAUUAUAGACGAUGUUCCUCCACAGCCAGCGCCUUUCCCACAUCGAUGUGUGUCUCUAAAGACGAGUCCACCAUCUGACUUCAGCAUCCACACCCGAGAAGUGCUGGGAGGUGGACGUUUCGGCAAGGUCCACAAAUGCACAGAUAAUAAAUCCAGGCUACGACUGGCAGCAAAGAUCAUCAGUUCGAGAAGUGCCAAAGAAAGGGAAAUGGUGCUGAAUGAGAUCGAAGUAAUGAACCAGCUGAAUCACCCCAACAUCCUUCAGCUGUUUGAUGCCUUCGAGACCAAAAAUCAAAUAGUGUUGGUACUGGAGUAUGUGGAGGGAGGGGAGCUGUUUGAGAGGAUUGUGGAUGAGAGCUGUCCCCUGACUGAAGUGGACGCCAUGGUGUUUGUGAAGCAGAUCUGCGAGGGAGUCCAGUACAUGCACCAGAUGUAUGUCCUGCACCUCGACCUAAAGCCGGAGAACAUCCUUUGUAUGAAUCGGUCGAGUCAUCAGAUCAAGAUCAUCGACUUUGGGCUUGCCAGAAGGUACAAACCACGAGAGAAGCUCAGAGUUUCGUUCGGGACACCUGAGUUCCUGGCACCAGAGGUGGUCAACUUUGACUUUGUUUCCUUCCCUACAGAUAUGUGGACUCUUGGAGUUGUCACAUACAUGCUAUUAAGCGGCCUAUCUCCAUUUCUGGGUGAUGAUGACAGCGAAACCCUAAACAACGUAUUAACACUCAACUGGUAUUUUGACGAGGAGACCUUUGAGCAUGUCUCAGCUGAGGCCAAAGACUUCAUCUCCAACCUGCUCAUCAAAGAGAGGAGUGGACGUCUUAGUGCGGCUCAGUGUCUUAAGCACCCCUGGCUGAAUAAUAUAUCAGAGAAAGCAAAGGGCAAUAAUAUUAUCCUAAAGUCACAGGUUCUCCUCAGGAAAUACAUGGCCAGACGGCUGUGGAAGAAAAACUAUAUUGCUAUAGCAGCAGCCAAUAGGUUUAAGAAGAUUGGCAGUUCAGGAUCCCUCACAACACUGGGAGUUUGAAAUGUUGCUCAUCACUGACUUGUACCAAAUGUAAUAUUAUUUGAUUAUGUCUGUGCGGUUACUUGUUCAAAACCCCAUGUUAAUAUCUAAAGAUAAACAGAAGUAAUGUUACAAAAUAUUUAAGUAGAUUUUAUUCCUGCCUCAGGCCCAGAAUAGGCUCCAGAGAUACCAUGACCCUGAUCAGAUCAGAACAGUACAGUUGUUAAUGUUUGCAACGUUAGACUUUUGGCUCCAGUGCAAACUGAAGAAGUAAACCUGAUGAGUUUCAUUUCUGUGUAGCGUUUGUUUCCUUAUAGCUGAAAUAAGAAUAGGAAGCACACUAGUAAAAACAAACACCAGUAAUUCCCCGCAAUAUGAAUACGAAUUGAUACUACGGACUAUUCGUUUUAAGGCUGCAGCACUGAUGUCAUGUCUUGUUUAAGAUUAAACUUAAACCAAGUCUUAACAAUAUGGGUUUUCUCUUUAUUAAGCAGUUGCACAUGCACUGUGCAAAAUAUUUUUUGGUUCAGAUUCCAGUGAAUGCCUAAACAUUACAAAAAAACUGAAGAUACAUUUUCUCUUCAAUAUCAGAUGCAUCAGGUGACUUAGUGGUUAUCACACUUGCCUCGCAACUCCAGGGUCGGGGGUAUGAUUCUCACCUCCGUCCUAUGUUCAUGGAGUUUGCGUGUUCUCCCUGUGCUUUGGGAGUCCUCCUCCACAGUCUAAAGACAUGUGUGGUAUAGGCUGAUUGGUGUGUGAAUGUGUGUGAUUGUGCCCUGCGAUGGGUUGGCACUCUGUCCAGGGCGUCCCCCACCUUGUCCCCGGGGAUAGGCUCUAGGCUUCAUGUGACCCUGUGUAAGAUAAGCGGUACAGUAUUUGUAUGGUCAUCAGCAUGAAAUAUUUUUCUAUAUUUUUAUUUCAGAAUUUUUGUUUAAGAUCUUGAAAGAUUUUUUGUGUGUAUUUCUGGUAUAAUAUUUGAUCAGUUUUUAUUGAUGGUAUUCCUACACAUGGACAAUCUAUUUGCUUCUGAAUAUAACAUACUGUGCAAAGUGUUAUACACAUGCAAAGAUAUGCUAUAAAUCAAAGGUGCCGUCAACAAAUAAAGAAAAUUAAACAUUUCUACAAAGCAGUAAACAGUAAUAUGCUUAAAAAGGCCAUAUUUAGCAUGAUAUUCCUUUGAUUCUGAAAAAUGCAUCAGCAGUGUCAGGUAGUUUGUGCAGUUUUAUAAGGAAAUUAGCGAUCUUAUGCAUAACGUAUAAAACUAAACUAAACGUAAAUACUUUUACUGAGUAUUUUGGAGAAUCUAACACACUUCUGUAGACUUCUGUGACUGUCACACUUGCUUCUGUUUUCGCAGGCAAAACUCGACAGACCUAAUUACGGUUUUUGUCUUAAAACUUGUCUAAUAUUUUAUAUGUUACUAUAUGUCAAUGAUGCAGUUGUGUUAAAAUAAACAUCUAUACCAACGCAGUUCUGUAAGUGACAUUUAGAAAAA